AUGGCUCGAGUCUCGGGGUCACGCUGGUACAUCGAAACCACAGCAAUAGCACCAACAAAAGCCACCACCGCCACCACUACCAUCACGAACAGGAACCACAACAACGACAACAACGACCACACCACAAACAUCACCAUCGCCAACAACAAUCACUUCUCCACCAAUGCCUCCAACAACAACCACACCAACACCAUCAACAUGAACCACACUGCAACACCAUCGGUUAUUAUGUACCGGUACAUCGCGGCCUCCGAAAUCCUGGGCUGCUGGCUGUGUCCCAAAGGCUCGCCCAAGUGCUGCCUCUACGCCCACCCGACGGCCACGGGCGGUCCCUCAGCCGUGGGCGUGGGCGUGGGCGGCUGCAAGCACUCGAAGGCGAAGGGUGUGGGCGCGGGACUGACGCUGGAGUUCUGUCAGCGCGGCGAGGGCGUGAAGUGGAAGACGCGGACGGUGGUGCUGCUCCACGCCGCGCCCGAGGUGGUGCUGGCGUGGCACCACGCGCUGUGGGCGCUGCUCAGAGGCCUCCCCCAACGCCCGCGUCGGCUGCUGGUGAUCAUCAACCCCGUGGGCGGACGGAAGCGUGCCCACCACAUCUACGCCCGCAAGGUGGCUCCUCUCUUCCAGCGGGCGGCCAUCCAGGCUCAGGUUGUGCAGACGGAGCACCAGGGCCACGGGCGCGCGCUGGUGGAGAAGCACGCCCUCGACCGCGGGCGCGUGGACGGCGUGGUGGUGGUGGGCGGCGAUGGCUUGGUCAACGAGGUGGUCACAGGGCUGCUUCUGCGGGCGGCCAGCGACGCGGGCGUGGAUCCCCAUGAUCCGGAGGCCUCCCUGCCGCCCACGAUGAUCAGGGUCGGAAUUAUUCCAGGUGGCAGCACGGACGCCACCUGCCACGGCACGCACGGAACGAGUGACGUCACGACGGCCGCGCUUCACAUCAUUAUGGGCGACAGCCGGAGCGUGGACGUGGCGGCGGUGCACGGCCAGGGGCAGCUCCUGGGCGUCGCCACCACCAUGGUCUCCUACGGGUACUUCGGCGACCUCCUGCAGUCGUCGGAGCGGUGGCGGAAGCUGGGGCCGUCGCGCUACAUCGUGUCGGGCGUGCUGCAGGUCAUCCGGAACAGGUCGUACGAGGGGCAGGUCCGCGUGCGGUAUCCGGCCACGCCCCUCGCGCAGCCCGACGACGCGAGGCCCUGCAGCCAGCACUGCGGCGUCUGCUCCAAGGCGUCGCGCGCCGCGCCCCUGCCCGGAGAGUGGCACCAGUUCAGCGGGCGGUGGAGCGUCCUGACGUCGGCCGUGGCGUCCUGCUCCUGCCGCCUGACGCCCCACGGAGUCUCCCCGUCGGCGCACCUCGGCGACGGCUGCGCGGACCUCAUCCUGGUCUCGGGCGGCUCCAGGUUCCGCAUCCUCAGCUACCUCUACCGCACCAGCUGCACGGGCAACUCGUUGAGCUUGGGCCACGUGGACGUCCACCGCGUGCAGGAGCUCCAGUUCACGCCCAAGGUCUCCGGGCCGCAGUCGUCGUGGAACUGCGACGGCGAGCAGCUCAACGAACCGGCGCUGGCGAUCAAGAUUCAUUGCCAGCGACUGAAACUGUUCUGCCGCGGAGUCGAACACAGGACCGACGAUUCGCCCAAGUCAGCGCCAAAGACCAAAACGGCUUCCCCUUAAUAAUAAUAUCUGUUAAUUUAAAAUUUAAAUUACUUUUUGUAUAUAUAUAGAUUAUUUUUUUGUCUUUCUUUCUUUCUUAGUUUUAUUUUGUUGGCUACAAUGAUUAUUUAAGUUUUUUUUUUUUUUCUUAAGAUGAUUUAAGUUUUUUGGUAUUUGUUAGAAUUGUAGAGAAAAAUAUAAGGUUGUUUGAUGUUAUUUUAUAUUUUUAUUAAUUUUCACUUUUUUAAUUCGUAUUUAUAAUUCUAUGUUGUAACAUUUAACUUUAUUUUAUUUAUUUUUAUCAACUGGACAAAAAAAAAAAGAUAUAAAAUUGUUUAAAGCUGUCUUCUAGAUUUUUUAAAAUUCAUUUUAUUCAAUCAUUAUUAUUAUUAUAAUUAUUUUUAGUAAUUUUUCUUUUCUUUCUUUUUUCUCUUACCCACGUGGCUGUAGAGUUCACGUGGAAAAUCCAGUCAUAUAAUUUCGUAAUAAUAACUUUGGUGAUAUGUAAUUUAGACUUUGGGGCGAGAGGGAAACCGAGGUAUUUAUAUAUAUAUAAUUAGUGCUGUUAUUAGUAUUGUUCGUGUUAUUGUUAUUGAUGGAUGAUAAUGAUGAUAAUGAUAAGUGGGGAUGGUGUAAUAAUGAUUAAUGAUGAUAAUGAUGAUGGGUGUUGGUGAAUAUGAUUUUUUUUUUAUUUAUUUAUUUAUUUUUUUGUUAUUAUUAUUAUUAUUAUGGUGGUGUUGAUUGAUGUUGAUUUAUAGGAUUGUUGUUGUUGUUGCUAUUAUUAUUGUUAUUAUUUUUGGUAUUGCUAUUUCUAUUAUGAUUGUGGUUAUUGUCAUUGUUAUUAUGAUGAUGUUAUUAUUAUUUUUGUUGUUAUUAUACCUAUUAUUUUAUUAUUAUUAUUAUUAUUAUUAUUAUUAGUAUUAUUAUUGUUAUUAUUAUUACUACUACUAUUAUUAUUGGUGUCAUUAUUGAUAACAUUAUUAUUGGUGUCAUUAUUGAUAACAUUAUUAUUAUUAUCAUUAUAAUUAUCAAUAUCAUUAUCAUCACUAUUUAUUGCUUUAGAGAUUAUGACUGUUAUCAAUAACAUAUACAUACACAUGUACACAUUUCCAUCAGUUUAAUACUCGUCUUUUGGUUAUAAUGCCUUACGUACUAUUCCAUUCAGAUCAAGAAGGACAAUAUACUCUGCACGUCUAGAACAUGUUUCCAUUGUGAUCAUUGCACGGGGAAAAAGGAAUGACAUUAUUUCGUUUAGUGCAACUGUAUUCAUGUAGUUGUGAGUUUGGUUAGUUAGGUGUCUUGUAGGGACUAUGUACCACGAUUGUGAAUGUUUAUGUUGCUCACUGUUGAUUGUAGUUUGGUAUUUUGAAAGAGCGGUUUCUAAUUUUUUUAGAAUUGUUUUUUGGUUGUAUUGUGUAGUAUGCAUAUUUUUUAUAUUUUUUUAUUAUGUUUUAUUAUGUUUUAGUGAGUCAUUUAUUUUUUAGACAUAGUUUGUAGAGAGGAUUAGGUUUUACAGAAAAAGAGAACUGUCUUGUAGUUUUCAAAUCCUCUCCCCCCCCCAAAAAAAAAAAGAAAGAAAGAAAGAAAGAAAGGGAAGGAAUAGAGAAUCUCAUAUUGUGCUACAUCUGUAAUAGUGUUUGAAGUGUUAAUGAGAAGAAGCUUAUAUAAACAAGUAAAUCUAGAUUCCUCACUUUAGAUGUCGAAAAAAAAGGCAUAGACAGAUAGAACAAUGUAGUUUGAAACUGACACUGUGAUUUUACAUUUAUAUAGAAACUCCUUUGCUGUUGUAGGUAUAUUGUCACAUACAGUAAGUAAGUAACAUGCCAAAGAAAAACUGCUAAGCAUUCAGUAAAGAGGACGUCUUCAACAAUUUUUUUUUAAACUCUGUUGAGAAGGUGUAGAAAUGGCCAAAUCUAAUCUCUGUUUGGGUUGCAAAAAGGCUUGAUACUGAAGUUAUUUGAAAAGUUUUCUUUUUUAUAUACAUAUAUUUUUAUAGUGAUUUUUUUUUAAAGUAAUUUUGUACAUGGGACCAAAGCAGAAAACUGAUGGGGAUUUGUUUGUUCAUAAAAGAUUAUAUCUGAUGUAAAGAUGAUUAAAAAGUGAUAAUAAGCCUAAUUAACAGAAAAAAAAAAAUCAUUAUCAAUUUUUUUUUUUUACAUCUUUAAUGCCUUAUUUGCAUUGAUAUUAAGGGAAUAAUGGAGAUUGUGAAUUCUCAGCAUUAACAUUGUUUAAAACCUUUUUACUUUUGAAGCACAGUAUAAACUGGAUUAAAAUCUCAUUUUUUAAAGGAAUUUAGAAAUAAUUGAAAGGUCAGUCUCUAAUUUUA